AUGGUUGGCAUGAAGCCCAAAGAUGUGGUGCCCUCCGGGGCAGUCAAGUUUUUUGGGGCGGGAACCGCAGCCUGCAUAGCUGACCUUGUCACCUUUCCACUGGAUACUGCCAAAGUCCGACUCCAGGUCAGACCCCCAUUAUCUCAAGAACUUCACACAUUUCAACUUUAGAUUCGGUCUCGUCAGAACUCCUCUUAACUUUCUGUACCUGGGUGUCAUGUUCUUGAACAGAUUCAAGGGGAGUCACAUGCAGCUGAAGGGGGAGCUGCCACAAAAUACCGAGGAGUGUUUGGCACCAUCUCCACUAUGGUACGCACAGAGGGGCCCAGGAGUCUCUACAAUGGACUGGUGGCAGGACUCCAGAGACAGAUGAGCUUUGCCUCUGUCCGAAUUGGCCUUUAUGACUCCAUGAAGCAGUUCUACACCCGUGGCACUGAGAGUGAGUUACAUAACCAGAGAUAACCUUAACUCUGACACAACAAGGUUGUUUCCUUUCCCUUGUUCCUCUAGACUAAUGUCCGCAUUUUGCACAGGUGCUGGGAUAGUCACUCGGCUCAUGGCGGGAUGCACCACAGGAGCCAUGGCGGUGGCUUUUGCACAACCUACAGAUGUGGUGAAGGUGAGGUUCCAGGCUCAGGCACGACUGGAAGAUGGAGGGAGAAGAUACAACGGCACUAUUGAUGCUUACAAGACUAUUGCCAGAGAUGAGGGAGUUCGGGGCCUUUGGAAAGGUGCCUACCAUCAUCAUUUUAACUUUAAAGUCAAAGUUAUGUCCAUUAAUGAUCACAGAAAGUCCCUUUAUUGGUUUCUAAGACGACCUGCUCUUUCCCUCUAGGCUGUAUGCCCAACAUCACUCGUAACGCCAUCGUAAACUGUGCAGAGCUGGUGACUUACGACAUGAUCAAAGAACUCAUCCUGAAGUAUGACCUAAUGACAGGUGAGCUAAUAAAGCAAAAAUAUUUGAGUGAGAUCAGCUCAUAAUGUCCAAACUUCUGACAAAUCCACAUACAUGAUAACACAACUAACUAAGUUCUUGUUCUGCAGACGACCUGCCUUGUCACUUCAUUGCGGCCUUCAGUGCAGGUUUCUGUACAACAGUUGUUGCUUCUCCUGUGGACGUGGUUAAAACACGGUUCAUGAAUUCAAGCACCGGUCAGUAUAGCAGUGCCAUCAACUGUGCCCUCACCAUGCUGAGAAAUGAAGGACCCACUGCCUUCUACAAAGGGUAAAUGUUCAAUUCUAUCACAAGUGAACCAAAUACUAAUAGAAGGAUCCUUUUGAAAUUACCUUUUAUUUCUCCCUCCUUUGUCCCCCACAGAUUCAUGCCUUCUUUCCUGCGACUUGGCUCCUGGAACAUUGUGAUGUUUGUGAGCUAUGAACAAAUUAAAAGAGGGGUGACGAGGGCACAGCAGUGUUGGGAGUCGCCGUUUUGA